ACUCUGUUCCCUCCACGCCAAAAUGUCAACACAGGAGGCCCUGGACAGCUCCAUCGAGAUCCUGGAGGAGGUGCAGAAUGUCAGGCCAAUGAACUCUGGUGUAGCGCUGGAGGUGGAGGUUCUUUAUGACGGCGAUGGCAGCAGCAGCAAUCACCCUCAGAUCAUACAGCAGGAUGAGGUGGAACACAUUGCAACCAACAGUCUGCACCAAGAGCAGGAACAGCAGCAGCAGCAGCAGCAGCAGACGCCACCACCUAAGCGAUCGCAGCGGCAGCGGCGACCAGUACAGCAGUACCAUCAGCAGCAACUGGAGCAGCAGCAGGAGGCAGCACAGCAGAGGCUCCUACGACAACAGCAGCGGCAGCAGCAACAAAAGGAGCUGCAGCAAAAGCGAGCCCAACAAAGACAGAUGCUGCAGAUGCAACAAAAGCAGUUUCAACAGCAGCAGCAACAACAGCAGCAGCAGCAGCAACAGCAGAGCCAGGCACGGGGGGUGAAGCGCAAGGAACCGGAGGUGCAAGUGGUGCGGCAGGUCAAGGCACAGAAGACCAGCCGAGGGGAGGUGGGCGGUGCUGGCACUCUCAAGUACCGGAAGAGGAUUCCAGAUGAUGACAUCCAGAUAGUGUUUGAGUGGGACCCGGCCAAGGUGAUAGCGGAGAGGCAGAAGGUGGAUGAGUGGGUAGCCAAGAAUGUGGUAACCAUGUUUGACCAGGAGAACACUUUGCCUUUCAUCGCCCGCUACAGGAAGGACAAGACUGGCAACAUGGACGUAGAGAAGCUGCGGGAAAUCCAGAACACUUACUCUCAGUUAAAGCAUGUUCAAGAGCGGGUGGUGAAGAUCCUGAAGACAGACAAUAAGAAGCUGCCGGACGACCGCAAAGUGUCACUGCUGCGAGCCACAACCAUGCAUGAAGUGGAGCACCUGACUGCUGCAUACAAGGGCAGUGGGAAGCGGACUUAUGCUGAGCGAGCACGUGAGCUGGGAUUGGGGCCGGCUGCAUUGGAGGUGCUGCAGGGCACACAGAACAAGUUUAUUGACCAGCAGGAGCUGUACCCCCUGAUUGAUCCUAACCGUGAGGGCCUGCGCAGUGUGGAAGAGGUGGAGCAGGGGCUGCAGCACAUCAUUGCUGACAUCAUCAGCAAGGACGCCAAAGUGUUGGACUGUGUGCGCCGCCUGAUGAAGAAUUGUGAGCCACUGUUGGAGUGCAGCAAGGCACGGAAGCAGCAGAAGAGGGACCAGGGCAAGGUGGCCAGCAGAGGACCAGGACCCAGUGAUGAUCUCUGUGCCAAAUAUGAACAUUACUUUGAUUUUAAGUGCAUGGCAUGGCACACCAAGCCCCAUGCAAUCCUGGCCAUGAACCGCGGAGAUCACCAGGGAGUGUUGAGUGUCAAGAUCGUCAUUCCAGAGAACACAUAUCGCUAUUUCUUCAACUUCUGUCAGCAGAAAUGGCUGGGUCACUCUCAGCAUUACCGCACCCAGCUUGUCAUGAUGAGCACCGAAGAUAGCUGGGAGAGACUGGUGAGGCCCUUCAUGCAGCGACAAAUCCGCAGUGAGUUGACAGAAAAGGCUGAGAUAGCGUCUGUAGAGGUGUUCGCUGCAAACCUGAGGAAGCUGCUGCUCACCCCACCAGUGCGAGGGAAGACAGUGCUUGCUAUUGAUCCGGGUUUUUCCAAUGGCUGUAAGAUAGGAGUGACCAAUCCAAAUGGUGACAAGCUGCUCACCACUACUAUAUAUCCCUUCCGCGGUAACCAGCAGAUGCAGGUGGAGGACUGGACCAAAGACCACAAUGCCCGCACCCUCAGAGAGAUCGUCCACAAGUUUGGGUGUGAGCUGUUUGCUGUGGGUAAUGGCUGUGGGUGCCGGGAGACAGAGACUUACCUGAGCCGCCUCAUUGCCCAGAAGUGCUUUGAGCCAUACAACGUGCAGUACACUAUCAUCAAUGAGACUGGUGCUUCACAGUACUCUGUGUCUGCCGAGGCCAAGAUGGAAUUCCCGGAUCUCGAUCCUAACCACAUUAGUGCCUUGUCGCUGGCGCGGCGGCUCCAAGACCCACUGCUGGAGUACAUCAAGGUACAUCCCAUGCACAUGGGUGUUGGCAUGUACCAGCACGACAUUCCUGAGCGCAUCCUCCACGCUUCACUCGACUCUGUCAUGACGGAGUGUGUCUCCUUUGUCGGCGUUGAUAUCAACUGUGCUUCAGAAUUUGUACUAAGGAAACUGUCUGGCUUGAACAAGUCACGUGCAGCAAAUAUAGUGGAGUACAGGAAGACCAAGGGGCCUUUCAUAAACAGGGAGCAGCUGAAGUCUGUGAAAGGGGUAGGGCCUCGCACCUUUGAGCAGUGUGUAGGCUUCAUCAGAAUUAUGCCUGAAACACUUGCCAAUGAAGUCAACAGAACUCCCCAAGGAAAGAAACGAGCUGCAAAGGAACCAAUAAACCCACUGGACCGCACAAUGAUCCACCCGGAGUCCUACGAUGCAGCAUCAAAGUUCACAGGCAUGGUCGGUGUGCACCAGCAUGACAUUGGCAGUGAACACUUCAUCCGCACUCUGCAACACUUCAUGCAGACAGCCAGUGUGGAGGAUGUAGCCAGGCAGUGUGAGGUGAGUCUGCCCACCAUGCAGCUCAUCAUUGAGGGUCUGGCUCAGCCGCUGGACUACGACAUCCGAGCACAGUUUGAAAAGCCACUCUUCCGCCAGGGUGUCACUUCCAUAGACGACAUAUCUCUGGGCACCAAGCUCACAGGUUCUGUCAGAAAUGUGGUUCACUUUGGAGCCUUUGUAGAUGUUGGUCUUGGUCAGGACGGGCUGGUACAUUCCUCCAGGAUGGGUGGGAUACAGCUGGAGCUCGGUAAUGUAGUGGAAGUGACUGUUGUUAAUCUUGACAAAGCUCGUGGACGGAUUGGGUUAAUGCUACAUAGAGUGUUGAGUUGAAAACUCUGUGGUGGGGGGAAUGUAUUUAGUUGCAAUGAGCACAAAGCUAAAAUGUUCUUGAUGCAACAAGAGUGCAUUGCGUUCCUGUGCAGAAGAAUGUUCCUUAGAAUACUUUUCCGCCUUGAUGAAUGGGUUCCAGUAUUGCAUUGAUGUGAAUGAACAACACUAUUGAGUUUGUACUUGAAUUCAGUAGAAGCAACUUGUUUAUUACAUAUGAUAUAGUAUGUAUGGACCUGUUGUGUGUUUGUCCAGAGUUCCUAACUGGCCACACACUAAUAACUACCAAGAUGCUGGAGGCCCUUGUACAUAUUCUUUAAAUGUCAAGGAUAAGUUGUUGGGAAAGGAGACUUUGUCCCACAGAACUUUUAUAUAUAGGGUAGACUAUGAGUGAUUGUCUGAAUGGACCCAUUCAGACAAGUACUUCCACUAUGUGAUGGAAGAAUUUUUUUUCAUGUUACACUUCAUAUUACCAUUCCAUAUAACUUUUCUGGUGAUAAGAAAUUACCUUUGUAAUUUUGUACCAUCACAUGAAAUUGUCACCCAGUCCACACACAAAUCUGCAUCUUAAUCCUCAAGCAAAGGUUUAGAACUCAUGACUUGGUGAUCAGACUAGUACCAGCAGCAGUGAUGAAACACAGACUUUUAUUAAAUAAGGCAGCGUGUGCUGUGAUGCAACAUCUUAGGCAAUCAUGCAAGGAGUGUGUAAUUGAUACUAUUUGUGCAAAGUGCAGUGAAUUUCUUUUGUGAAGACCAUCCAAAAUAAUAUUGUAUUGCAUUUGGGCAUGUUUGAUUAUUGAACAAUUUACUUUGUCUUGAAAACAAAAAUAUUAUUUAAUGAUUUGUGAUUUUUCAUUAUUAAUGUAAAAUGUUGUAAGGAAGGGACUACAACAUGUCAUCUAAAAUUAGUUUUGAUAAAUAAAAUAUUAAAAGAUACA